UCUCUUUCUCGCACAACACAACCAGAGCAGCGAGAGCGUCUUUGAUCUUGCUCGCGAGCUCCGGCGCGGCGAACGUCUCUCUACGCUGCCGACCCGCAAGCACGCCGCCGGCGACCCGGAUCCGGAAACUCUGCCCCGGGGAGUAGAAGAGCGCUCGGGAGCUUCUCGGUCGGGUUCAUGGCUUCUCUCGAGAGCUCUGGGCCGGAAGUGGUCACCAUCGACGUUCUCGCGGCCAGGGAUCUGGUCAGCACCGGCCACCGUUUCCUGGACGUGAGGACCGAAGAAGAGUUCAAGGAGGGUCACCCCGAGGCGGAGGACGUCUUGAACAUUCCCUACCUCUUCGUUACCCCGGAAGGUAGAGUGAACAAUCCUCGGUUCCUGGAGCAAGUUUCAUCGGCCUAUGGAUUGGAAGAUCGCAUUGUGGUGGGAUGCCGGAGCGGAGCCCGAUCGCUGUCUGCCGGCGCCGACAUGCUUAAAGCCGGAUACAAGCAUGUGUGGAACAUGGGAGGAGGUCACCUGGCUUGGGCUGACAAGGGAUUGCCCGUGAAGAAGCCACUCGAGGAGGAGAUGAAACUUCACCUUGACCCGAAGGCUGAAGGAGUCACCAAGGAAGAGAAACUUGAAGUGGCUAUUUAAUUAGUUAAUUAAGCAAGCGCUAAUGUCAGAUUUGGUGCAUUGUACAGUACUGUUCGUGUUCAUGUGAUCAAGCUUGUAGCCACGUUUUCCAUUUCUGGCUUCAGUUCGUCUGCUACUAAGAGAUAUUGCCAGAUCUUAUUUAUCUAUAGUGGACUCUGUUCGUGUGAUU